AUGCGAUACUUUUUCAUUUUUUUCAUUCUUCUUCUAUUACAAAUCGAUCAUCUUCACAGUUUGCCAAAAUCCGAUCCGAACGUUACAUUGAAAAAAAAUAACGGACAGCAAAAAUCAACGGGAAACAAUUCUCGUAAUAGAAAUACAAGAUGUACGCCUUGCGAACAAAGUUUAGGAGUACCAGCCGGUAGAUCUUCCAAUUCCGAAUAUCGCGGAAACGGUGCAGAUAAUCUCGGAUACGACUGGUCACCCAAAGCAUGGGGUGGACCAGCACAUCCGCAAAAAUUAAAAAGUUCCGUAGGAGAUGGAAGAGGUCGAGAUGGUAGGCAGAUGUCAAAUUGGAAUAAUCAAGAUGGAGGAAACAUUCGUAUUAUUUGCGAUACGUGUCGAGCCUUCUGGAAUAGAUUAUCUGGAAAUGGCGGAUCGGAGGGUUCUCGUGGUAGAGAAUUUCCAUCACCCGGUGGACAAAAUAUAGGGGGACAAUCAAAUCAACAAUAUCCUACGGGUCGUUCCGAACAACCUGAAUAUUGGUCUAGAGGACCAAUAACUUCACCCAACGAUUACGAAACAAGGGUUAGUAGUGGAGCUGUUGGAGUUUUGGUAAAACCGGGUAGCAGAAUCGCAUAUGUUCCUUCCUACGGUGGUGAUAUGUUUUGGGAUGGAAUUUCCGGUGGUGGAACUCGAUGGGAUGGAUUCAGUAAUGGAAUCUCUUGGGUUUUUAACGGUGAUUCCGAUUAUGAUCGUUCAGAACCGGAUUCUAGAGAAGAAAAACAUGGUGGAUUUUUACCAGGAUCUCAAAGUCCCGACGGUGGUUAUUUCAAUCCUAAUCACAGACCGUGGAACGAAGACAAGGGUCCUUCAAAUUGGGAUGGAAGUGGCGGUAGGACUUAUUAUUUUGUUGACGGUUAUCCGAAUCAAAUUAAUUCGAAUUGGAGGGAUAGAGGUUAUGCAUCAAAUUGGCAAUAUGGUUCCACAAAUCAAAAUGGUUGGAAUGGAAGCAACAUGAAAUGGAGUUAUAGUAAAAAUUGGGAUGACCACGAUGAAAGACCAGUUAAUAGAUUUUAUUUCAAUGGACCGGAAGACAGGGGUUACGGAGGUGGUAGUGGUGGAAAUAAUUUUAUCAGAUACGGUAAUAGGUAUCCGAGUUACGAACCUUUUGUUAAUUACCACGGUAAUCAUAAUCCAUCAUGGAGACCUUAUCAAGGAACGAGAAUUAACGAUAGGGAUCCAUCUAGUUUUUCAUCGAAUAAAGAUAAACCUUGGGAUUAUAAUUCGAUAAAUCGUUUUGGUGACAGGAGACCAGGUUCGGCGUACAGACCCGGUUCGAAUCAUAAUAAUGAUUAUGAUAGAGGAAAAUAUCCUUCCACAUCGGAUAAAAAUAAUGGAAAACCUUGGCAAGCUCCUCCGGGAUAUGGACCGUCGGUUGCUGUGUCAGAUCAUGGAUAUCCAUACGGUGGAUCGAGUUUUCCGGGGGGAACGGAAGGAAAUAAGAGGCCAGGAUAUUCGGGAGGUGGUAAUUUAUUUUAUCCCCAUGAUGGACAUAAUGGUCCUGAUUAUCACGGAUCUAAUGCCGGAAGGCCGGAUCGACCCGAGUCGGGAAAUCAUGUAGCAGGGUAUCCGAGUAAUGGCGGGUCGCAUUCUAGUGGAGGAAGACCUUCUUCCGGCUACUCUUCAGGAGGAAGCAGCGGAGGAAGUGGUUACCCAUCGGGAGGAAACGGAGGUAGUGGUUAUUCAUCGGGAGGAAGUGGAGGCAGUAGUUAUCCAUCAGGAGGAAGUGGGGGCAGUGGCUACCCUUCAGGUGGAAGCGGAGGUAGUAGCUACCCUUCAGGAGGAAGCGGAGGUAGUAGCUACCCUUCAGGAGGAAGCGGAGGCAGUGGUUAUCCGUCGGGAGGAAGCGGAGGCAGUGGUUAUCCAUCAGGAGGAAGUGGGGGCAGUGGCUACCCUUCAGGUGGAAGCGGAGGUAGUAGCUACCCUUCAGGAGGAAGCGGAGGUAGUAGCUACCCUUCAGGAGGAAGCGGAGGCAGUGGUUAUCCGUCGGGAGGAAGCGGAGGCAGUGGUUAUCCGUCGGGAGGAAGCGGAGGUAGUGGUUAUCCAUCAGGAGGAAGUGGGGGCAGUGGCUACCCCUCAGGAGGAAGCGGAGGUAGUGGUUAUCCCUCAAGAGGAAGCGGAUAUUCAUCGGGAGGGGGCUCUAACCCUAAUAACCGUCCAAGUGAUUAUUCAGGAUAUUCCGGUGGAUCAACUCGACCCGUUGGAGGCUAUUUUGAAAGUUCACACCGACCGGAUGGUUAUUAUUACUACGGAGGAAAUAAUCCUUCUAAUAAUCGACCAUCUUCUGGUGGAAGUUCAAAUAGUGGCUACGGGCUUAACCCUGGAAGACCCAGCUAUUCAGGAAUUUCAUCUUUUUCAGCCGGACAACCAGGAAUUUAUUCCAUUGAAAACUCCGGAUAUUCCGAUGGAUAUCCGGACAGGUAUUCCAACAGAUAUCCAAGCUCAGGUUACUUGGGACCAAGUUCGGGCGGGUCUUAUUAUUCAGAUGGUAAAGGCUCACCGAAAGGAUACUACACCGGUUACAUAACAGAAAUCGGACCAAAUAACCACAACGGCCCGUAUGGAAACAAUCAAGGAAAUUAUUUCGGAGGAAGUUAUCCAGGUGAUAAAAACUCAUAUUCUGGAGUAUAUAAAAAUUAUUACCCUAGCGGUGGAGACGGUUACAACAGAUUUGCAGACGAUCGAUAUUCAAACGGUAACGAUUAUUAUUCAGGAGGUAAAAAUAACGAAUUGGGUCGCGAUAGAUUUUACUACUUCGGUCCGAUGAAAAAGAAACCAUUUUACGAUGGAUACUUCGACGGAAACGGAAAUGGAGGAAAUGGUAACGGAGGAGAUCGGGAUCAAGCUCAAGGCUCGACACAAGACAAACAUUCUUGGAAUUACGGAGACCGUAAAGAUGGGUUAUUACACAGAUCGGGAGGUUCUUAUCCCUCUUACAAAGGAGGUCAGUAUUUCACAUCCUCUUAUUUGGCAUCUCUUACAUCAACGACACAACAAGGUUCGGAAACUAAAUCGUUAUCAACCAAAUCAGAUGACGUUACUCAACCGACCCCCCAAUCUUAG